AUGUCGAGCGACGGCGGCGGCGAGGAGCUGAGAUGUGCCGUUUGUAACGACAGGACCACUGGGAAUCAUUUUGGAGUAACGUCCUGCAGGUAAGAGGAGAAGAUGUAUUAAAGGUCAUUGAUAAGGUGAAGAUAAGGGGCCUUACUCAUCUCUUGUUUAUUAUGGAUAAAGGAGCAGUAACUAUUGUAAAGGAAAGAGGAUUUUUUAAUGAAAACGAAAUUUUCAAAAGUAAUGCAUUUAAAAUAAAAUUUUUCUAAGUACUUCCUUAAUUGUUAUUGAUUUCAGGGCAUGCGCAGCGUUCUUUCGCCGGUCCACAGUGAGUAAUAGACGAUACGUGUGUAGAUUCGGGGACAACUGUGAUAUUGGGAGAGGUAAUCUUUCUUUCACUCUAAUUUAUGCUUUUGUUUGGUGAUGAUUAUAAAAAUAUUUUAGAUAUCCGUUGUUGUUGUCGAGCCUGUCGAAUGAGAAAAUGCCGAGAAGUUGGGAUGAGGCCAGACCUUGCCCGAGGCGCUCGUGGAGACACUCCGACGAGUGGGGGAGGUGGUCAUGUUAGAUCUUCUGACUCGAUUGAUUCCACCGGCAAUGUGACCCCACCAAAUCUCGAGAAUCAGACACAACCCCUCCAAUUCGGCCUUAAUCCUCCAGUUACAACUUAUGUAGACACUACCAGCGGGGCGUGGACAAUUCCCUUGGGAACAACCACCACCAUCGCUGAUAUGGCCAGCACUUCCCACAAUAAUGUAAAUGACGGACGAUUCAGAUCUGUCGAAGAGAAUGGACGCACGCUGACAUUGUUGGAGCCGGCUGUCAACUCCUCCACUCCAUCAACAUCCAUUCCUUCGGUGCCAUUGAAUCUGGACUUCAGUAAACCCAAUUCUUAUCAUCUUCUCAUCGAAUCGGCCCUAAGUCGCAUCAGGGAAAUGACCAACUCUAACACCCAUAUGAAUGAUGCCCUUUUCAAUCCAGGUCAAGAUAAUAAUGCAUCCAAAUCCAUUCUUCAACAAAUGAUAAGGGGAUACAAGAUGUUGGAACAGCUCCGACAAUAUGGGCGAGGAGGGCAUGUUCUCGGGAAUAUUCUAAACAAAGAACAAAUGGUAGGUAGAAAAGAAAUUGUCUAUAUUCCUGUUUUAGUCAUUGUCUGAAGGAAAUUACAUCGACGAUAUGGAAUGCAUCCGAAGCGAUCUUCCAUUGGUAUCUCAAAUGAUAAACAACCACUUUUAUCCAAUCUCCCAAUUCUCUUUGGAAGUCAAGGUAAGAAAGUUUGCGGGUAACAAUAUAAGGAUGACUUUUGGAUCGUUAAAUUAAGCUGUAGCACCACAGACGGUCUAUAGCUUACACUCGGUGGCAUUUGGCUGACUAAAACAACUUUCAGUGGGCAUUGUUACGCAAUUUCUUCUGUCCGUUUAUCAUGGCCGAGCGUGCCUUCAGAACGGCUAGGUACAUCCCUGAGAAUGAAGACCAAUGGCUGCUGAUCAGCAAUGAGAAGUUUAUUAAUUACCGUGCUAUGGACAAGUUCUGCGACGUGCCAAACUGCAAGAUUGAGCCCGCUCGGUUGGCGCAGAUCAUCACCCCAACCUCUUCCAAGAUACUGACCAUAUUGGUUAAACCCAUGAGGAAGCUGCAAUUGAGCGAGGAGGAAUUUGUGGGGCUCAUCGGAUUACUCUUCUGGAAUGACAGUAAGUACUCUUCUAAGAGAUUUCGGGUAUCUUUUUCAGUGUUGAUUAUUCAUAACGACUUCUAAUUUUAGCUUUGACCUCCUUGUCCGAAGACGAGACCCGUCAAGUAUUCCAAGUUCAAGAACAAUUGAUCAGCGAAUUGUGUGGAGCAUGCGCUCGCAAUGCUCCUCCGAAUACUGACGCUACAUCUCGAAUGGGAGUAGUUGUAAACCUGGUUCCUUUGUGUGUUCGCCUGGCCAAUGAGAUGUCCAAUUGUUUCUCUUUAGUCAACAUGACACACGCUUUCGACUUUGAUCACUUCCUCACCGCCUUCAUGCCACAACUCAUAUAA